UUCAGUUUUGUCGUGCGUACUACAGUAAUUAGAUCUUAACGGGAACGCUCUCACGAAAAUGCGGCCUCGAGCGUCGCGGCGAGUGCUUAAUUGCAAUUACGCGCCAUCAAAAUGGGUGGUUCUUCUCGUGUGUCUCCUCUCAUUAACGCCGAGCAACGUUAUAGCGUUCAACGAAAACGGGACGUUCAAAAGUGCGUUCGGAUUGAAUUCGGCCGAGUCGAUAGAGAAUUACAAUGAGGAGAGCGAUGUGCCGUCGCUGCUGCACGAGAAGACGGCUGCGAAAAUGCCCCUGGAGCUCGAAGGGCUCGCGGCCGGGAAGACAGAUUCAACUUCCGUCGAGAAAAAAGACGACGGGGCAGAUCCGGCCCAAGUUGUACCGGAGACUAAAAGUGUCCUAGCGUCGAAAGACAGUUCGGAGGUGGAUGUCUCGUCCGUUGUUCAGACCAUCUCCGGUAAAAUGGCAGACGCGAAGCAUGAAAAAUACGUAAGAUACGAUUCGGACUUACCCGAGGCUGACAGAUACGCGCCUCGUCCAGAUGACAGCCCGAUUUUAUAUGAAAUAACAGAAGCUCGGUUGAAAAAGAUUCGGUCGGAAUUCAUGUAUUGGUACUUUGAUAAGGGUGGCAAUGAUGAUAAUGGAGAUUACCAAACGGCUUUACAGGCAACGACGCUGCAGAUCCACAAGAACCUGAACUUUCAAUUGCCUUUCUUCGGAUUUCGAUUUAAUUAUACAAGAUUAACCGUCAACGGCUAUCUGGAAUUUAGUGACCCACCGGCGCACUUUACGUAUCCCCUCGUUUUCCCGGUGAAAGAUUGGCCCAUGAAGAACGAUCCGAGUUUCAUCGGCAUUUUCUUCAGCAAGUGUCGCAUAGGCAAAUUGAGGGAGACGGACAGUGAUCAGAGAAGACCGGGGGUUUAUUUUCGGCUCGAGAGAGAUCUGCAAGGCAGAACCGAUCAGUUCGGCGUGGAGAUGCGAGAGCGCCUUAUGUGGGACAUUCGCGAAGGUGUUGUUGGUUCCGAUUCCUUCGUGCCCAAGCAUGCGAUUAUAGUCACUUGGAAGAACAUGUCCUUCACCGGUGGCAUCGGCACGGCUCUUUAUAAGACCAACACAUUCCAAAUGGUAUUGGCUACCGAUGAGGUCUACACCUACGCUAUAUUCAACUACCUGAAUUUACAAUGGCUGAGUCACACGGAAGCGGGCGGUGAUACGACUCAAGGAGAGAACGGAGUGCCCGCAUACGUGGGUUUUAACGCUGGAAACGGCACACGAAGCUACGAGUACAAGCCUUACUCGCAAAUGACCACGGUUCGGGACUUGCCGAAUAGGGGAUGGGCGAACAAAUUCCCAGGUCGACACAUUUUCAGGAUAGAUGAGGAUAUAAUAUUGGGCAACUGCAACAAGGACAACUCUGGAGCUCAUAUACCGUUGGUCUUCGCCCCGGAGAGCGGAAACAUGUUGGGUGGCACUAUCGUCAAUAUCACCGGGCCGUGCUUCAACGAGAGCCAGAAGAUUAUGUGCUACUUUGAAGACGUCAUGGUGAUGGGGACAGUGGUGGAUAGAAAUCGCGCGAUUUGCGUGCAGCCGCAUCUAAAGUACGAGGGCUACAUACGCUUCCUCGUCACCAUCGGCAAUAAUAACGAUAACAACAAGUGGAGAGGAACAUUCUUCGUCGAAACACCAGCCACAGCGGCGGAGAAGAUCUUCUUCAGCGAUAAAGAUGCCGUUCACCAGAAGGAUCCAGCGGAAAUAAAAAUAACAUGGGACGCGUAUAACUUGACGAGUAAUUUUGGUGCGGGCAUCCAGAUUUCGCUGUGGGGAUACCGGGAGGUGAAAACGACACCGGAAUUCGAGUUUAUUACAUUGCUGGAGAAAUCGGUCACCAAUACCGGCAGCUACAUCAUCAAGCCAGCCAGAUAUCGAGAGCAGUACAACCCACGUCACUUGGAUAUGAUAUUCGGCUUUCUGCAAAUCAACUUGACCGAGCCGCAUUUAUACUCCGGACUCUCGAUAUCGCCGAGCUUAUGGAGCAGACCGAUCCCACUCGCUUGGUAUUUCGGCCCGCAGUGGGAACGAACGCACGGCCCGAAGUGGUCUCAGAGGCUCUGCGACAAGUGGAUUAUGAACGAUAGAUAUCUGAAAAACUUCGCCGCCGAGAUCGCGAUCUGCCCUUGCACUCUGGAGCACGCUUUGAGCGAUAAAGGUCGCUUCCUCCCGGAUCUCGAAUGCGACAAGGACUCGAAUAUAGAAUGUUAUUACAACAAGCACGCGAAACACUGUGUAAAGACGGGUGCGCCCAACAUGGACGGCUCGGAGCAACAAUGUUGCUACGACAAGUUGGGUUAUCUGAUGCUGACUUACGACCAACAAUGGGGCUCGCGACCGCAUCGGUCUCACAAUCUGGGCUACAUACCGUGGAACGAGGCCAACAAAGUACCGACCCUCUCGCAUUGGUAUCACGACGUGUCGCCCAUGUACACGUGCUGCCUCUGGCAGGAGGAGCAAGCUGUCGGUUGCGAGACUUUGCGAUUCGAGAGAAGACCGUCGCAGGAUUGCAUCGCCUAUCAAUCACCUGGGGUGGCGACGGUGUUCGGCGAUCCCCAUAUCGUCACAUUCGACGGCCUGGAGUACACGUUCAACGGCAAAGGCGAGUUCGUUCUGCUGCGAGUGAAUCACAUCAGGGACAAACUCGACGUGCAGGGUAGAUUCGAGCAAAUGUCCAACAACGCUUACGGUCAAGUGAUGGCGACGCAUCUUACAGCGGUGGCUGUGAGGGGCAAUAACUCCGAAGUCAUCGAAGUUCGCUUGAGACCGAAAGACUCGCAGUGGAGAUAUCGUCUUGAUGUUCUCGCGGGUGGUAAGAGGGUGUACUUUGACAGACCAGCUUUGAAGUUCCAACACUUCUCCGGCGUCGUUGUUUAUACUCCGACGUACAUUUUGAAUCAGAGCGAGAUCGUUAUCAUGUUCGACACCGGCGCCGGUAUGGAGAUCGUGGAGAAUGAAGGUUUCAUGUCCUUGCGAGUGUAUCUACCUUGGACGUAUGUGAACAAAACCAGAGGCCUAUUCGGCAAUUGGAACUUCGAUGUUACGGACGACUUGACGAGCCCGUACGGAUAUCAAGUGCCGGUGAACAGCGUGAAUCAUUCGGAAACCAUUCAUAGAGACUUUGCGAUACACUGGAUGCUGGAGGAUAACGCGAACGAUCUCAUAGGAAAUGCUUUAUUCACCAGGGACUUUGGUAGAUCGGCGAGCUUUUAUUCUAAUCGCAGUUUCGUGCCGGAAUAUCGAAAGUAUCCGAAGGAGAUACUUCCGAUAAACAGAACGACCGACGUAGAGCGCGCGAAGGAGUUGUGCGGUGAUUCAUACCAGUGCCAGUACGACUACGCGGUGACUUUGAAUCGGGAUUUAGCGCACUUCACCAGGAAUUAUUACGAUACUUACACCAAGAUCAGAGCGACAAACAACAAAGAAAUAAUAUCCUGCGGUGUGCUGGAAACGCCACGUUUCGGGCGUAAGAGCAAUUUCCUGUUUAUCCCGGGGACGAAAAUAAGUUUCGAGUGCAAUCAGGAAUUCAUACUCAUCGGCGAUCAACGUCGGGUGUGCACGCCUGAAGGUCGAUGGAACGUGCCAGAGUACGGAUACACAGAGUGCCUUCGUCACGUCGAGUACGCUCAGCGUACAGCGUGGACGACAAUGGGCAUUAUUAGCGCCGUGUUAAUACCCGUGGUGGGCUGCAUCGGCGGUGGCUAUCUUUACAUAAGAAAGAAACAGUCGACGGGAAGUUCCACGAAAUCAUGGCGCUAUACUGAUCGCGAGUCUGGUAUCGACAAUGAAUCCACAUUGUCGAAGCAGACCAUGCCGCUAAAGCCGUACGAUAGGGCCAUUUCUCCAAUUAGCGACGCUAGCACAAUUGAAAAUAAUAGCGCUAGGAAGCGCCGUAGCUACGACAGAGUGUACCGCACAAACGAACCCUUACCCAAUAGACCGGACAUUGACUUCGAGGAGAAAGAGUGGGACCUGAAGGUGCCCAACUCGCCCACGGAGUCGGACAGCACCGACUCGAUGAGAAAAACAGGCAGCCCCUCUAAAGAGAGUGACGUGUAGAGGGACGGUCCGUCGAUAAGCGUAACGUAAUCACCAGCGAGAUUGCUUGAUUCGUUAUUUUAGAUCAACGUUAGUGUGGUUGCGCGCGCGCGAGCGCGUGCGUGUACGUGCCCAUGACAGUGUAUAUCUCGAUCCCAAUUUCUAAAUAAUGUACUACAUCCGACGCACGUCCGAGCCAACAUCGAGAGAUGAUUAACGGAUCGAGCAUUGAUUCGUUAUCUACGAUCUAAACGACUCAAGUGUGGCGCACGCGAAGACAGGAGAGAGCAAUAAGCAUUAAUGGGCAGGCUAUUCGGAAUUAGGAAAUCUCUUUCGUAGAAUGCAUUUUUCGUACAAAACUGUCAUCAUCAUGUGUAAAUAGCAGAGAAGUUACUACUGUUCUUGCUGUGGAAUAGAAAUAGUUGCAGUAUUAUUUGUAAUUUUUAGACCAGACACGUGUUGUCGCCAUUAUUGGUAAACUAACGUCGGUUGACACGACACGUAUUAAACGUCGAACGUCGUAGCGCGGUGGGACGAUUGAACGACGAUUAUUAUUGUAAUUGCCGGUUUAUAUAUUCGUAGUGAUUGAUUAUCGUAAUUCGACUGUAUCGACGCAUAUCUUGUUCACGUACGCACUGUACAUAUGCAAGUGUUUGUUUUAAUAAAAUUUUAUACACAUGAUUAAACACGACGAGAGAGGGGAAAUUUCUAUUCCACACGCAUGUACAGUGAAUAUUUAUGGUAUACAGCAAAAGCUUUUCAUAUCAUUAUAAUACUGCGUGUAACGGUAUUAGAAUGGAAUGGAAAUUUGCCACCAGCGUUAUCGUGAAUUCUUCCCGUUGCAUCUUCUCCCUUCCCUCCUCUCGUUUACAUCGUUCCAAAGUGUGCCCGAUCGCGGCAAAUUAUUGGCGGAAUUAUCUGAUUCCAACGACGGAUUUGCAGCCGAUUAUGCAUUCGGUGUUCGAACGUGUAUAACGUGUGCGCACGCACGGUGCCGUUUUCGUUCUUUUUCUCUCUUUUUUUUUUUUUUUUUUUUUUUAUCAUUACA